GGAAGUGUUAUAAAGGAGAAGAAUCGUGUCUAACUACUUGUAGCACAUUUUGCACACACAUUUUUCGGCUCUCCUGUUAAAUACACAGUAUAUGUAUCUGAUAUCUCUAAACAUUGUUUCUUUUGACAGCACAGAAGCUCCCAAUGCCUCUGUUUGGGAGAGGCAAAAAGGGCCUUGAGCCCAGACAGAAAAAGACGAGGAGUGGCGAGUUUUUGAGGAGCCGCAGGAUGAGAGAUGAAGAUGGUCAUGUAGCAUCACUGACCAGGCUGUGUCUGCUCAGUCUGGCAGACAACAUGAAGGAGGUGUGGGUGAAGGACUAUGCUGAAAAGUACUUGGACCGGGUUUCAUUUAGAUACAUCAUGGGGCCCUUCAAUUUACUGCCGGGUGAACUGGUUGAAGAGUUAACGUUGCUGUUGUGCUCCAGAAAACAGUUAUCCCGACCGGCCCUACAUCUCCUCCUGGUCCCACAGCUCCGCAGUCUGUCUCUAGAAGGCUGUCCUGGUCUGGUCACCUCUGCACUCUGUGCCCAGAUUGCUGCACGUUGCCAGGGUCUUUACUGUCUGGACCUAUCUGGAGCCCAGCAACUACCAUCAAAAGCCUUGUCUGAAACUCUCUGCUGUUUACCAUCUCUGCGUUCGCUUUCCCUGGCCGGGACUCCUUCUGACAGCUGUGUAAUCAGGGUAGUUGCUGAGCACUGCCGUUUGCUGCGCCACCUAGAUGUGUCCCGCUGCCAUCUCCUUUCCCCUGCCGCACUACUUGUUCUUGGAGGUGGAGCUGUCUGCUUGUCAUCUAGCAGUCCUUCUGGUUCAUCUUUUGGUAGCACAUUUGGGUCAUCAUCUUCUCUUUCCCCUUCUUGCUCUGACCCCUCCACCUCCUCCUUUUCUGCACUCCUGUCCCCUCUCCCCCUCCGAAGUCUGCUGGCGCUGGAUAUUGGUUUUGGGGAACAAGAGGCAGACCCUGUAGCAAUGGCCACCUACCUCCUUCUCACACUGCCCGACUUGGAGAAGGUGGCUUUGGAGGGUAUUGGACAGGCCUGCUCUCUUAUCCUGCACAGAGAGUUUGACCAGAUGGAUGAGUUCACUGACAGAGAAGGAGUUCCUCGGAUGGAGAAAGUGUGGAAAGAGUGCAGGCACAGGCAGGAUAUGGGUAGUUGGAAGAAGAAGGAGGCAGCCACAACAGAUAAAGAGGAGGAGGAGAAGGUAUUGUUUGAGGGUCACAGUAGUGAGAGUGAGGAAGAUGCAGUAACAGAUGAAGAGCUAAAUUGCUUUCAUGAGCAAGCAGACGACAAAAGAGGCAGGGGAUCAGGUGAGGACUGCUUGACCCUGGCGCUAAGGGAGGUCCAGGGCUUGUCCUGUGAUUCUCUGGAUAGUUUAAGAUGUUUAUGUCCAGACAUCAGCACCAUAUCUGUGAACAUUGAUGACUGUAAUGAUGCUGGAACAAGAAGAAGAAAUGGGUCUCUGUUAGCGAGAGGGCUCCAGACCUGGUCAGGCCAGCUGCAGAGCCUCUCAGUACAGUACUCAGGCCCUAUGGAGGUUCUGUUUCAUGCUAUUGAUGUCACUGGCUCGUCCCUGGUCUCUCUCACCUUGGAAGGGGUGAAAACCAGUCAUCACACCCCUCUACUGGAGGUCAUCCGGGUCUGUCCUAGACUCAGAAAUCUGCACAUCACCGCUGACCCUCCUACCAUGGUACUGGAAGAAGAAGACAUGGAGGAUGUGGAGGCCUGGCAUGAUGAUGUGGAUCUUCCUCGCCUGCCUCACCUCUCCACUCUCACACUAAAUUUCUCCUACGAGCACAGCCAGAUGAAGCCUGUCAGUUCCUGGUUGUCCUUGGAAAAAGGUGCUCAAGUGCCUCCUGGCUGGUUCUCCUUUGCUGGAGAAGAUCUCACUGGUCUCCGUACCCUGCCCUCUGGACUGCAUUUUUAAGGAUUUACUCCAUCCGUUCUACUUGCGCUACCGUUUAAAUGCAGAUCCUCAAGCUUUUCAGACACUAGGACGUGUACAACACCUUAACCUGACACGAUCAGAUAUGAUGAUUGAUACAGUAAAACUCAUAAUACAA